GUUCUGUAUGUGUGUGUUAUUUCUUGUGUUUUGUGCCGCCUAGGAAUUGAAAUUUGCAACCGUUUGCAAGACUUUCGCAAUCAAUAAUUAGAAAAGUUAUUAUUUGUGACACACUUUGAUUGUAUAAAGCGUGUGCACAAAUUCAAAGCUUGAAACAAAAACAAUCGAAAAUACGGCAAGAGAGUGAGAGAGCGACGCAUUCAGAGCAGAGUCCGCCCGCGUGCCAGUACAUAUGUGUGUGUGUUGUGUGUGAGUUUCGCCCGUGUGUGUAUGAAUGAAGCUGGCAUGUGUAUGCGUGUCUGUAAAUGUGUGUGUGUUUUUGUACGGUUGGAAAUUGUGUGAUUAACUGCAGUCAGCCUCGUCUGGUAGUCAUUCAAAAGUAGUAUUAAAACGGCGGUGGCAGCAACAAUUCCAGUCAUCCAACCGCUACGGCGACGCAUCAAACAUUAAGCCGUUAAAAACAGUCCCAGCAGCAGCAGCAGUAGCAGCAAAGAGACAAUAAACACCCACGACGACAUCAACAACCGACAACAGCAACAACAACAAUAGGAGCACCAGCAGCAGCAACAUCAGCCGUGGACAGUUUUAGUUGAAGUUCAAUUUUCCAGUUGGUGCACAAAAUGGAUAGCAAAGGCCGAAAAGUUAUUGUUUGUGAUAACGGCACUGGGUUCGUGAAAUGCGGAUAUGCCGGCAGCAAUUUUCCCGCGCACAUUUUCCCAUCGAUGGUUGGUCGACCAAUAAUUCGGGCGGUCAACAAAAUUGGUGACAUCGAAGUCAAGGAUCUGAUGGUCGGCGAUGAAGCCUCAAAACUGCGCUCACUACUGGAGGUCUCCUAUCCCAUGGAGAACGGUGUGGUACGGAAUUGGGACGACAUGUGCCACGUGUGGGACUAUACGUUCGGGCCCAAGAAAAUGGAUAUUGAUCCGACGAACACAAAGAUCUUGCUGACUGAACCGCCCAUGAAUCCCACAAAGAAUCGCGAAAAGAUGAUCGAGGUGAUGUUUGAGAAAUACGGUUUCGAUGCCACGUAUAUUGCCAUACAGGCGGUAUUAACGCUGUACGCCCAGGGUCUUAUCUCCGGCGUGGUGAUCGACUCUGGUGACGGCGUCACGCACAUCUGUCCAGUCUAUGAGGAGUUCUCGCUGCCACAUUUAACGAGGCGGCUGGAUAUUGCGGGUCGGGAUAUAACGCGCUAUUUGAUUAAGUUACUUUUACUACGUGGCUAUGCUUUUAAUCAUUCCGCUGACUUUGAAACGGUGCGCAUCAUGAAGGAGAAACUCUGCUAUAUUGGCUACGACAUUGAAAUGGAGCAACGGUUGGCACUGGAGACCACGGUGCUGGUGGAAUCCUAUACGUUACCCGAUGGCCGUGUGAUCAAAGUGGGUGGUGAGCGUUUCGAAGCGCCUGAGGCGUUAUUCCAACCGCAUUUAAUAAACGUUGAGGGACCCGGCAUUGCGGAACUGGCCUUCAACACGAUACAGGCGGCGGACAUUGAUAUACGGCCCGAGCUCUAUAAGCACAUAGUGCUGUCUGGCGGCUCGACCAUGUAUCCGGGUCUGCCCAGUCGUCUGGAGCGUGAAAUAAAGCAAUUGUAUUUGGAGCGAGUACUCAAGAACGAUACGGAAAAAUUGGCGAAAUUCAAAAUACGAAUUGAGGAUCCGCCGCGUCGCAAAGAUAUGGUUUUCAUUGGUGGCGCUGUAUUGGCUGAGGUAACGAAAGAUCGCGAUGGCUUCUGGAUGUCCAAACAGGAGUAUCAAGAACAGGGACUAAAAGUCUUGCAGAAGCUGCAGAAGGUCAGCAAAUAAAGCAAGAACAACCAUAACAACAACAACAACAGCAACAA